CGUCCAUCCGGUUUCCUCAAGACAAAUAUUCAUCAUGAAGCUUGUGCUGGUUCUCGCCUUGGCGGCCUGUGCUGCUGCCAUGCCCUCUCGUCAGCCUGGCUUCGUCUACUCCUACGGCCAUCCACUCGUCCACUCCUCCUACCCCGUCGUCAAUUCUGCAAAGGCCCAUACCCCCGCCAGCACCGUCUCCCUCGUCUACAACUACGGUCACAACCUCCCCCAAACCUACACCUACCCCCACACCUUCUCCCACACCUUCCCCUACACCUUCCCCUACACCUUCCCCAACACUUACCCCUUCGUAGUCAAGGCUGACGAGAGUGUCGGGGAGGAACCUAUGACUGAGGAGGAAGCUGUAGGCAUGGAACAGCUCAUGGCCGAGGAGGGAUUUAUGGCUGAGGAGGAACUUAUGGCUGAGGAGGAACUUAUGGCUGAGGAAAAGGCUGCAUCCGAUGAGGAAAUUAUGGCUGAUGAGGAACCUAUGGCUGAGGAGGAACUUAUGGCUGAGGAGGAACCAAUGAUUGAGGAGGAACCUAUGGCUGACGAAAAAGCUUCAACCGUGGACGAACCCGUCGCUCAGGAAUAAGACGACUCUCAGCAUCCUUCUUCACUGGGACUGGGAGAAGGAAUCGCGAGUCCUCGUAGCCUCGUCUAGCGAAGAGUUCGAAGGACUCGCUGAGCCU